UGUGCGCUGAAACAAUCUACACCAUUACAAGGAUGGAAUGUAUCAACAAGAGUGCUUGCCUUAAGUGGGGGUCAUAGAAGUUUACGGAACAACGGAAAUUGAAGAAAAUUAGUCAUAGAUUUUUCGACGGAACGACGGAGUUCUCCACAUUAGCCCGACGCGAAAUGGCACACGAAAUGGUACACGAAAUAUGUGAAAUUUUAAAAAAGUUUUAUGGAUUAGCGGAUUCUACGUCUUGCAAAACAGAACCUGGCAAAACCUUGGCUUUUCUGGCAAGCAGUUUUUGGGACGCGGAAUUUCGGCUAAAUGGAUUUCUAAACAACCCCCUGCCCCCGCCCCUUGAUAAACUGAACUCCACUUCAACAAUAACAAAAAUUAAACAUGAUUGAAAAUUUUGCUUUAGAGAAAAAAGCCCCUGCCCCCUGUUUAGAAAGUUUAUAUUCUAAGUCCAGCCUCUUUUUGGCGAGCCGAUUUUGUUAAUGGCCUAAACCAAACCCACAAACUCAACGUGCGACGUGAAUGCGCAUAGUUACAGUCAUGGAUUGGGUGGGAAGAUCUGUUAGACACCUUUAUCCGUUAAAUAGAUCUUUCAAGAUUGUUUUUUCAUCACAUAUACGGACAAACUGGCAAGCUAGUGGCUUUCCCGGACAGAUUGUGCGUUUGAAACACCUUGGGGUGCAAGUUCCUUCAAGAGUUCGUUUAUUUAAUUCUGAAGCGGUUCAAGUUGCCCCAAAGUCAUCAAUCGAGAAUAACUGUUAUGUAGAAGACAUGUUUAUCUACACUAAUAGUUCAAAAAUCGAGGAUGAGAAGAAACAAGCUUGCUAUAUAUCAAAAUCUAUUUUGAAACCUGGUCUUCCUUCUUGCUUUGAUAAACCACUGAAUUUAGACGACGAGCUUGUUGAGGAAAUUUUUGAGAAAUUUGAAGGCCACAUUAAAGAUUCAAUGUUGUUCUGUUACGGAGAAGAAGAGCUUCACCGAAAGAAACAUUCAGUUCUUAAUAUAUUCUUAAAUAUGCUACAGACUACAUGGAAAGAAACAUCCAAAAGUUACAAGUCAAACUUUGAAAAGUCAGUGUUUUACAAGCAACAUGUUACUACCACAGUUAACCGCUGCAAUGAAUAUGCUAUACAAAUUUCUGGGAAGCCAAAAAGAAGUUUUCUGAUGAUGUCCAAGAACCCUGUCAAUCCAUUUGCUACCAAAGAUGAGAUAUCUGCAUCAGCUAAUUGUGAAGUUGAUUGGGAUGAAGUGUUUAGCCCAGUUUUUAAUUUUCAGCAUUUGAAAGCACCAAACAAAAUAGUGGCGCCAUUUCUAGAGAAGUCUCCUUUCCAAAGUCCUCAUACUCUGUUCAUUGCACCUGAUAAAAGAUCUCCAGAAAUGAAGAGACUUAUUGGUCAUGGCCUGCUGUAUACAUUUGCGCAUGCAUUUGCUCAUGCAAUGUCAAAACCAGAAAAUCAUCUUGGUAUGAAGGAAAUUGACCCUGUUUCUAUGCAAUGCAUCAUAAAUGAUGGCCGAAUCGCUACUUUUAUUUGUCAUCAGCUCAACACACUUGACUUUCAUACCAAUGCCGGUAUCAAAAACUUUUUCUGGAUCCAAGACAACGUUGAUAUGUAUAAAUAUGCUUACUUAAAAAUCCCUGGUGAUAAACGGUACAAAGGCAUUAAAGAAACAGAAAUAUUUUUAGAAGACGCAAAUCAUACCCCGUUUAUGAAUUUUCUUAAAUUUGUACUGAACUAAUAAGGUUGUUAUACAUAGUUGUUUUACUUGUAAAUUGU